UGGAGGACUCAGGAGCUUGCAGCGGCGGCAGCCAGGCAGAGAAAAUGCUUGCCAAUUCAGCCAGUGUGAGGAUUCUCAUCAAAGGGGGUAAGGUGGUAAAUGAUGACUGCACCCAUGAAGCUGACGUUUAUAUUGAAAAUGGCAUCAUUCAGCAAGUGGGAAGAGAACUCAUGAUCCCAGGAGGAGCCAAGGUGAUCGAUGCAACUGGAAAGUUGGUGAUUCCUGGGGGCAUAGAUACCAGCACUCAUUUCCAUCAGACCUUCAUGAAUGCCACAUGUGUGGAUGAUUUUUACCAUGGAACAAAGGCUGCACUGGUAGGAGGAACAACUAUGAUCAUAGGCCAUGUUCUACCUGACAAAGAAACAUCCCUCCUGGAUGCCUAUGAGAAGUGCAGGAACCUGGCUGACCCCAAAGUGUGCUGUGACUACUCACUCCACAUGGGAAUCACCUGGUGGUCUCCAAAGGUGAAAGCAGAAAUGGAGACUUUGGUGAGAGAGAAAGGUGUCAACUCAUUCCAGAUGUUUAUGACCUACAAAGACUUAUAUAUGCUUCGAGAUAGUGAAUUAUAUCAAGUGUUCUGUGCUUGCAAGGAUAUUGGUGUGAUAGCCCGAGUCCAUGCUGAAAAUGGAGAACUUGUGGCCGAGGGUGCCAGAGAAGCACUAGAUUUGGGCAUCACAGGUCCUGAAGGAAUAGAGAUCAGCCGUCCAGAGGAGCUGGAAGCCGAAGCGACCCACCGUGUUAUCACGAUCGCUAACAGGACUCAUUGCCCAGUUUACCUGGUCAACGUUUCCAGUAUCUCUGCCGGAGAUGUCAUUGCUGCUGCUAAGAUGCAAGGUAAGGUUGUCUAUGCAGAGACCACCACUGCACAUGCCACAUUGACAGGCUUACACUAUUACCACCAGGACUGGUCCCAUGCAGCUGCUUAUGUCACAGUGCCCCCUCUGAGGCUGGACACCAACACUUCCACCUACCUCAUGAGUCUGCUAGCCAAUGACACUCUGAACAUUGUAGCUUCUGACCAUCGGCCCUUCACCACAAAACAGAAGGCAAUGGGCAAGGAGGAUUUCACUAAGAUCCCUCAUGGAGUGAGUGGUGUACAAGACCGUAUGAGUAUCAUCUGGGAGAGAGGCGUGGUGGGAGGAAAGAUGGAUGAAAACCGUUUUGUGGCUGUGACUAGUUCAAAUGCAGCCAAGCUUCACAACUUGUAUCCCCGAAAGGGUCGCAUCAUCCCUGGAGCUGACGCUGAUGUAGUUGUGUGGGACCCAGAGGCUACAAAGACCAUUUCAGCUAGCACUCAAGUGCAAGGAGGAGAUAUAAAUUUAUAUGAAAAUAUGCGCUGCCACGGGGUUCCUUUGGUCACUAUCAGCCGAGGAAGAGUCGUAUAUGAGAACGGAGUCUUCAUGUGUGCUGAGGGCACAGGCAAGUUCUGCCCACUUCGAUCCUUCCCAGAUACCGUGUACAAGAAGCUGGUCCAGAGGGAGAAGAGCUUAAAGGUUAAGGGAGUGGACCGCACUCCCUAUCUGGGGGAUGUAGCUGUGGUUGUGCAUGCUGGGAAAAAAGAGAUGGGAACUCCACUUGCAGACACUCCCACCCGGCCAGUCACUCGACAUGGGGGCAUGAGGGACCUUCACGAGUCCAGCUUCAGCCUAUCUGGUUCUCAAAUCGAUGACCAUGUUCCAAAGCGAGCUUCGGCUCGAAUUCUCGCUCCCCCCGGCGGCAGGUCGAGCGGCAUUUGGUAAAGACGCUGACCAGCCUCCCAACUAAGGAUGCAGCAGCAGCUAGCCAGCCUACCUUCUGGCCACCACUGCAGGUUGCAUGGGGAGGCUGGGCCAGACAGUCCAACACCCAAGAAGGAGGGGGGGGGGGAAGGGAAGGGCACACAGGACACUUGGGAGCACUUCACAUGUCUGAAACGUCAUUCACUAUGCUUUGAGCCAAUCCUAACAAGCACUUUGGGACGAUGCUCCUCUUGCUGUAGUCCUUUUCUUUCCUGGCCUCAGCAGGCUGCAUCUGUGGGCCAGGAGGGACCCGGCACUAUGCACCAAACCGAAAUGCAUAGGCAGCAACCUCACCCCAACUCUCACACUUGCCUCGGGCUGCUUGCUUUGUGAGAAAGCAGCAACUCGAAUGGUCUUCUUCCUAGCCUGGCCAGACAAUGUCCAGGGCACUUUGGCAGAAGUGUUUCAAAAGAAAAGGCCUCCCUACUUCCUUCCCAUGCUCCUUUUCACCUCCCCCUCCUCGAUAACCACAUUUCCCAAUCCUGCUAGAGUCUUUGUUCCCCCGCCAUGUCUAAGACUCCUUCCCCAUCCCAUAGUUACUGAGUUCAUCAGUGGUCCCUGUUCCAAGCCAAGGCAUUUAUGCAGAUGAAGCAAACGAACCCUUUGCCAGCUCCCUCUUCCCUUCCCUCUUCCUUCCAGUCACCCUCCCACACUUACAAAGAACAAGCAGCCAAGAAGAAAGAACUGGGAGCUGGGAGCUGGUGCGAGGCCUCGUGCCAUGCGCGUGUAAAUGAUUUUGUUUUGCACGUUUGGUUUGAGCAGUGGUUUGGUUUGAUUUGUUAGUGCAUCACGUGAAAAAAAAAACAGUGCUUUGUGUCACUUAGCGUUAGGAUAGAAAUGAGGAUAGACAUGAUCCUCAAGAGAUGCUGCAGUCAACACCAACCCAAGAGCCAGGGCAGGUGUAGAACAAGCCCCUAUUCUCCUGUCCCCCAUAUUGGGUCCUCCAAAUGGUUCAAGGACAAAAAUAGUCCUAGAUAGUAACCCUCCCCCAAGCCUGACAGAUAAGACACAGCUCCCAGAUCCUCACAUGGACCAAAAUCAGGAACCUGAUCCUAUAAGAAUGGCCUGGGCAUCUAUUAUUUAAAAAAUUCAGACUUGUAUGGUCUUACCCUCUCCUUGCUGAGCUCCCUGAGCUGACCAGAGCUUUCAGGCAGAGGCCUGGGCCGUCCUCCUUUGUGACUGGUGAGAAACCUCCUGCCUUCCAAGAGAGGGGGAAAAGGAGAAGUAGGAGGGAAGAAGGGUCUUGAUAAGAAGACAGGGAGAGUUUAGGCAGGAAGGCUGCAGCUAUAGGGUCCUGUAAGACUAUAUGUAGGACCUCUGUGGCCAUGCCUCCAGCCAGCCUCACCCCCACCCCUCAUGCCUCCAGCCAGCCUCCCCUCACCCCUGCCUGUUGCCAUCCUCCCAAGAUUCCUUAUGUCUCAGUCAAGCCCUUCCCCAACAUUGAGGGGAUUCUUUACUUGAAAGGAAAUCAAAUCUUAGGGACAGUCUGCCUUCCAAAAUUGAAGACCACUGGGCUUUUCAGUAGAAACACUCAGACUCUUUGGAGACCUCAGCUACAGAGUGGGGUCUCUCCAUCUCUUGCUGAGUGACAUUCUCUCUUGACAGAAGAGAGGAUAGGAGGAGUCACUGAGGCCAGGAGAUACCCUCCUUUUCUUAGGCUCUAUUCCAGUUUCUUAGUUUUAGCCCUGCUCUUGUUUAGACCAGUCUUCCAUCUCCUAGAGAUCACCAAUCCCCCGUGGCUCCCAAGCUCUUCUAAGAGUUCAGCAGUACUCCCUUGUAAGUCUCACGCCAGAAGUUGCCAGAAUUCCCCCAACAGCUUUGAUCUUGCACCGAUGCUGUGGGUAGGAGGCAUGAGACAACUUCUGGUUGUCAGUCCUCACCAAACAAUUGCAAAAUCACUUGCAGAAUUUGCCUCCCAAGUGAAUCGUCAAGGGCAUACAUGUGUUUGUUUGUUUUUCCCCUUAUGGCCAUUCAGUCUGAUGCAAAAAUCCUUGAAACUAAGUCCUUUGUGUCUGAGCUAGGACUAGUAGAAUAUUAGAAGCUUGCUCUGUAUUUUAAACUCUAGCCUGCUGUGGCAUUUUUACACCCAGCCUCUCUUCCCAACCCAAUUUCAGUCUCUCAUUAGCACACUGGAGAGGGCAAGUCAUGGCUGGCCAGAAGAUAAAAGGCAAACAGUUGGUGAGGCCAAAGUAGAUUACAGGGGGUUAUAGAUAUGGUAGCCAAGUAGACCAUAGGUUGGUCAGGACACAGCACAUAAUGACUACAGCUGGGGUGGGGAGUGGAUUCCAACUUAGCCCCAUAAGGCUAUAGAUGCCUACUAUGGCUGCUCCAAUCUCUAGUCUCUCUGUGGUCCUGAAUAAGACAACUAUUACCUUUCUCCCCACUUUCUAUGCAGUGGGACUUGGGCAGAUGCUGAAGAGCAUAGGAGAGAGCUGGCCAGCAGGGCAAGCCAGAACUAACACAUAUUUUUGCUAGGAGAGCUUCUCCAUACAGGUCCCAAUACUGGAAUUUUAGGAUUAAAUGCCCAGUGCAGGGAGGAGGGAGAAAGGGGAGUAGUGGGACCACAUUCCUUCUCUCACCAAAAUUGCAGGUCUGAGGGGUCAUCAUUUCCUCCAUCCUACUCCCACCCUCCUGACCUCUAUCUGUGACCCGCCCACAUCGAAAUGCUUCUAGCUGAAAAAUCAGGAGGUGGUCCAAAAUGUCAUAAGAAAUAGCCAACCUCUCCUCUUCCCCUCAAUCCCACUUCUCCUUGCCCCUUUACAGAGCCCAGAGCCACCUGGAAGACAUACUUGUCUCUCAUGGUUGGAAUGAAAAAGGGUCUUUGGUUGCAUUGAAUGCAGCUCUCAAACUGGUCUUGUACUUGCUGGAAUAAAUGCUGUUUUUCUUGCCUUAGCUGCUCUCUAGGUUUGUGGGGUUGUGUUAUGGGAACAUUGUGCUACUACUGUGUGUGUGUGUGUGCGUGUGUAGUGCUAGGAAUCCACAGUAGGUCUCUGUCAAGUGUGUACCGUGAUGAGGGCUUUUUGGACUCUGACCCAGAAACCAACAGAACCAAACUGAAACCAAAACCUUCCUCCAGCAGCAACAGAGGCGGCAGGCAUGGUCUGGGGUCAGCAUGGAACUACCCCCCAGCCCAGGCACCCAAGUGACUUUCCUUAUGCCUCCGUAAAUGUUAUGGUGCUAAGAAUGUGUCAGCCCCAAAAUGACACACUUUUCCUAUGCUUUAGCCACCUGUUUCAGACAAAACAACAAACAAACAACAACAACAACACACAAAACACCCCAGCACAUUGUGUUCUGGUGCAGGUUUGUA